AAAUGACACAUGGACAAUGUGAACCAAACCAGAACAUCUGGAUUUGUCCUCCUCGGAUUGUCUACCAAAACAGGAAAUCAGGGGAUUCUCUUCGUCCUCUUCAUGUUCAUCUAUCUGCUCACCCUGCUGGGAAACUUGAUGAUCAUCCUCCUCAUUCGAACUGAUUCCCGACUCCUCCAUACCCCCAUGUACUUCUUUCUCAGCCACCUUUCCUUGGCAGAUAUUGGGUUUGUUUCUACCACUGUGCCCAAAGCUCUGGAGAACAUACUGUCACACACAAAAUCUAUCACCUACUGGGGCUGCCUCACCCAAAUGUAUUUCUUUGUGGCCUUUGGCAUCACAGACAGCUUCCUCCUUGCCUCCAUGGCAUAUGACCGCUAUGUAGCCAUCUGCCACCCACUGCGCUAUUCUGCCCUCAUGAGUCACAAGCAUUGCCUCCUACUGGUUAUGGGCUCUUGGAUCCUGGCUCAUUUCCACUCACUGGUCCACACACUCCUGAUGGCCCAGCUCUCCUUUUGUGCCUCCAGGGAGGUUCCACACUUCUUUUGUGAUAUCCAGCCCCUGUUGCGCCUCUCUUGCUCCUCAACUCAACCCAAUGAGCUCCUGGCCUUCACUGAGGGCUCUUUAAUUAUUAUGGGACCUUUCCUUUUUAUUAUGACCUCAUAUAUACUCAUCCUGGUGGCCAUCUUGAAGAUACCUUCAGCUGCUGGGAAGCGCAAGGCCUUCUCAACAUGUGGCUCUCACUUGGGGGCAGUAUCUUUGUUCUAUGGCAGUGUGAUUGCUGUCUACAUCCGGCCCUCCUCAACCUACAGUGCUGCAAAGGACCAGGUUGUGGCAGUCAUCUACACCAUGGUCAUCCCUAUGCUCAACCCUUUCAUCUACAGCCUGAGGAAUGAGGAUGUGGUGGGAGCAAUGAAGAGGAUUAUAGAGAGACAAAGGAAAUAG